UACUUAUUUGCAUAUCCUUAGAACAAGAUUACCAUUGAAAGUCACAGCUUGUAAUUCGCGAUAUCCACAAAAAUUAUGUUUGUAAACACGUUAAUUUGGGUGUAUUCGAAUUUGUGUAAUUAUUUGCUUAACGGUUAUCAUCUCGAGGUGCAACAGAAAGAGAUGAGGAUUAACGAUGUACGAAAAGUUGACCUACAAAGUAACUUUGAAGUAGUUUAUCAGUGGACGCAUCUGAACUACACAUGGCAGUCUGAAGAGCAUUACAAAUGGGCUCUAGACACAAAAAGAUACAUUCCUGCUAAUAACGCCCCUACGGGAUUAAAAUUCUACCAACAGCGGUUGUUUCUGAGCAUACCAAGAUAUAGGCCUGGGGUUCCUGCUACUCUAGUUUCAUUAGAUACUCACGAUGAAACUUCUCAUGAAAACCCGUUACUAUCACCAUUUCCCAACUGGGACUCCAAUGAUGAUAUUGGUAGUUGUUCAAACCUCCAGAGCGUGCAAAGUAUGGAGGUGGACACCAGAGGAAUAAUGUGGGUUAUCGAUGGAGUCAGAAUUAAUAAUUACACCAGGUGUCCAGCAAAACUGAUAUUCUUAGACUUGAAUAAUGAAGGGAGAGAACUGAAAACGUAUAUAUUUCCGGAAAAAAUUGCCUCGCAAUACGGACGAUUCUUGAACGACAUAGUAGUAGAUGAGACCGAUGGUGAUUUUGCUUAUAUCACCGAUAACUCUCUAAUGGAUCCCGGAAUUAUAGUUUACUCAAGAAGGCAAAAUGUAUCUUGGAAAUUGCGAGAUGCCUCAAUGCGGCCGAAUCCAAAAGCAAUUCCAUUCACUGUGGACGAUGUCCUUUUUGACGCGUCCGUUCCUGUGGAUGGUAUUGCGCUAACCCCUUAUAGCCACAACGGUAAAAAACGUUUAUACUACUGUGCCAUGUCAUCUUUCACAAUUUAUUCUAUAAGCACAAGUGUUCUAAAAAAUAAGCCAUUAGUGACAUCAGGCAAAUGGAGAAGGCGGAUUAGAUCAGAAGGUGAAAAGAACAGUCAAAGCGAUGGCAUUAUGAUCGAUGAACUGUCCACCAUGUAUCUCACAAUGCUCCCCUUUUCUGGGAUCGCGUCAUGGAAAACGGACCUACCCACCUCAACAAUGCAAUUAGUCUAUACGAACAGAGAAACCAUGGUAUGGCCAGACGGUUUUGCAUUCGACCAACAGGGGUUCUUGUAUGUCAUUUGCAACAAAGUUUUCAAUUACAUAGACUUGAAACGAACUCCCGUAAUUUCCGGAGAUACCCCUUUUAGGGUGUUAAAAACAUUUACUGGUACCAGAAGUUAUUUGUAUAGAUAAAGUAUUGAUGUGUGAACAGCUUUUUCAAUAUUAAAGCCGCUGCAUGAGAUUAAA